UUCAAUAUCCAAACUGAAACUUUCUCAAUACAUCGUGACUUCUAUACAAAAAUUCUUUCAUUGAUUUACAUGCCUCUAUUUUUUAUUAAUAUCCAUAAUGAGAUCGGUCUACGAGGUCUCGAAAAAUAUCAUCUCGAUAAUCAAAAUUUUUCUUCCAGCAAUCAACUCGGUCCAAUUUCUAUUUCCAACCAUAUCCAUUCUUUUAUAUUUUUAAAUUAUUUCUCCGUUUCUAAGAAAUUUUUAAUUAUUUUUUUUCGACAAAUUUAUAGACUAAUUUUAAUUAUUUUUUAUUUUUUAGACGCACACAGAAAAUUUGCUUUCAUUUAAUAAUUGAAAAAAAUAUUAUUUUUGAACGUCCUUUAAUAAAAUAAACAACAUUAAAUUAUAAAAAAACAUGCCACCUUUAUCAUUCCGUGUAAAUGAAGAGUAUGCCCAAUUAUCUGAAAUAAUUCCUGGUUUAUUCAUUUGUGGUGUUAAUGGGCUUACAGCAGCGAAUAUUUGUGCUUUUCGAAUUCAAUUAGUCGUUAACUGUACACGAGAAGUUCCGAACCUUAAAUGUUUGGGGCAAGUGCCAAGAAUGAAAUUAUGGGUUGAGGAUACUUCUGAAGAAGAUUUAUUUGCUCAUUUUGAUAUAGUUGCUGAUCAGAUGCAUGCCAUUAUUCGAGAUGGUGGCGCCGUUCUUGUCCAUUGUGUUGCGGGUGUUAGCCGUUCAGCAAGUAUUUGUCUUGCAUAUUUGCUCAAAUAUCGAACUCGCUCAUUACGUGAUGCUUAUCAUUUAAUGAGUGAAAAACGGCCUUUAGUUAGACCAAAUAUUGGAUUUUGGAGGCAAUUAAUUCGUUAUGAACAGUUGAUCAAAGGUAAUAUUGGCUCAGUGCGAAUUGUGAGAGAUGAGGCUCAGCCUGAUAAAUUACUUCCUGAUGUUUACCUCAAAUCUGUCAUUCCUGAUAAAUAUAGCCGUCCAUUGUCUCCCACAAAUGUUGGUGAGGAUUCUUCAGUUCAUCAUUUAAAGCCUAUGGCUGAUGAAAGUUAUUUGUCUGGACAUAAUUCUGGUUGGCAUCGUCGUCGUUCUUCUUCUGGAGGUUCAGAUCGUGUUCGUUUUGUUCCAGUUUUGGAGCCUUUGGCUGAACUUGCCGAAGCUGCAGGAUAAUUUUUGUAGUAAAAAUUAAAAGAUUAAUUUAUUUAAUCAAAAGAAAAAUUUAUUUUAAAAAUUGUUCUCAUAUUUAUCUCUCUCUCAUUUUUUAUUCUUUAGUAUUUAUUUAUUUUUAACCUUCAUUUUUUGAAAUUUAAAUAGUUUAUUUUUAAAAAAAUGCUUCUUGUCGUUAUCAAUUUAAUGGAAAGUUUACUUCUGAAUUUUAAAGUAGGAAAUAGCACCUGAGUUAGAGUACUUUUUAGGGCCGCGAGUGGCAAAGAUUGUGUUUGCCUGAGAGGGCAUAUCUGGUUUCGGGGACUGAGUAGUACCCUACUU